AUGGCCAGCGAGGUCGCCGCCCGCGCUCACGGGCUCUCCCGCCGCCUUGCAGUGCAGUUCUCCAACGGCAGGCUGCAGCGGCCCGGCUCCAUGUGCUUCGCCGUCUACCGGAACAAGGACGCGGCCCACCCCCGGAGGAAGCACCGGAGGAUCCUGGUCUCAGAAACUGAAAGACUUUCAUAUGUGGGGGAUAACUUCAGCAAUGGAGUUCCUGCAUCUGACACCUUAUGCAGGUACUUUGUUGGAGUGUUAGACAAGGACUCUGGGCAGAUGGAAGUCUAUAACGCUGAAAUAUUCAACCUGCAGCCCCUGCUGGCAGAUAACUCAAAACCUGAUGACAUGAAGGAUUAUCAGAACAGAUCCUUCAGGGAGAAGAUGGAUUUGUGCAUUGAGACCUUUGGCACCACCAAGCAGAAGCGAGCUCUGAACUCCCGGCGCAUGAACGCCAUAGGCAGCGAUACCCUGAACACAGCUGUGACCAAAGCAGCAGCGGACGUUAUAGAUGCCAAGGGAGUGGCAGCUUUGAUCCAGGAUGUGGCCCAAGAUGAUGUACAGAAUGUCUCCACCAUCCUCCCACCAUGUAAUGAAGAUGCUGACAAACCAGAAGAUGUUUACAAGUUUGAGGACAUUCUGUCACCAGCAGAGUAUGAGGCGCUGCAGGCACCAGCCGCAGCCUUUGUUAACAUCACUGCAGAGGAAAUUGCCAAGAAAACGGAAGAUAAAAGCCAUUGCUCCUUUGUUUUAGAGGAGCUGAAGUUCUUGCCUACUGAUGAGACGAGCAGAGAUCACAAAGCCCGAUGCCUCUGGCUCCUGGACACCCUUAUUAAGUUCAGCUACCUGAAAGUGAUCAAGAAGAAGCAUCCAAUGGGCCCUGAAUGCCCACACAUCAUUAGCAGGAAACUCAUGAAGAAUUUCACUUCACUGACCUACAACAAUGGCAGUGUCCAGAAUUUAAUCUCUGCAUCGAUGAAGACUAAAAUCACAGCCUAUGUCAUUGUGUUGGCUCUGCACAUCAACAACUUCCAAACAGACCUCACCGUCCUGCAGAACGACAUGAAGCUCCAGGAAAGCAGGAUGACGGACAUCGCCAGGGCCAUGAGGUUGAAGAUCUCCAAGGCGAAGGGACUGCCAGGACUUGAGAACAAUCAUGACCACAAGCUGGGCACUCUCUCCCUCCCCUUGCCUGUGCAGAAGGCAUCAGGGAACCACCAGAAGCGCAAGAAAAUGAACUAAAAUGUCUCAGAGGCCCAAGCAGGGGCGCAACGGUUCCUGUCUCAGUUGCUGUUCUGCGCACAGAUCCUCGAGGGGCUGCUGGACCCCGCUAAAACCCUCUAUCCAGGCUGAAUUGGAACAGAUGUUUACCUCUGCUUUUUACUGCUGCUUUUUUUGUGUUUGUGUAAAAAUUCCCUGUGUGAGCAGAGAGAGAUGCAGACUGUGCCGGAGCCAGAGAACACAGCUGGAAGCUACGGGGCCUCCGCUGAGGACUCCGGUUGGUCCUGGCAGCGAACUGCCGGCUCAUGGCCCGCUUUGCUUCUUUUUCAGACACACAGGGUGGAAAGCAUAGGAAUAGAGAGACUAAGCAAAGCGUUACUUACACACAACUUUUGGGCUCUGUAAGCUGUGUGCUUGUUUCUCUACAGUUUCAGUAGUUCUGUGUUCAGAAGGUAUAAAGAUGCAACAUGAAUAAAAUCUUCCUGC